GGACCAGUCCUCACCCCUAGACCCUAGUCCUGUACAGUGUACACUAAAGCUUUGCCCCAGAUUUGGAGAGCUAGAAACAAUAAUCCAUGUAUCACGAGAUUACCAUUGGGCCAAAAGUAUUUGGGUUGGGUUGAAUGUCCGUUUCAAUCAAAAUUUUAACCUGAAGCAACCCAGUUUUAUAAAUUCUUUGUUAUUCAAACCCAGCCCACUCAGUUCUUGUCACUUAUCCACGUUAACAUUAACAAAACUCGAACCAUCUCAAGCACUUCAUACUACACAAGAAAUCAGAAACUGAGCUUUGCAUUGCAUUCCUGGGACGACUCUGUGGUGGCUCGAGCUGCGUGACGAUUUCGAAUGAAUGGCAUAAGAUUUUGUGAUGUGGCAUUGGAUCAAGUAUAAUGGUUAAUAACUCAGCACCCAGUAUGAAAAUAAAUUAGUUGGUGUUGGAAACAAAGCACUUCAUGCCCCAUAUCUCCAACCCUUCAACACUUCCAAUCUUCUGCUCACUAACUUAUCAGAGAUUUCUUUUUUGCAGCCUGCAAUCAAAAUGCAUUUCAUCCUCAUCAUCUCCUGUUCCAUCCCAACAGCACAUUGCCCAUUUAAUACUAGACCAAAAGUCAUUCUCCCAAGCCCUUCAAACCUUCAAAUGGGCUUCCAAUCUCCCCAAUUUUACCCACUCUCAAUCCACCUACCGUGCAUUGAUCCACAAGCUCUGUGCUUUCCGCCGCUUUGAUAUUGUAAAGGAAUUACUUCAAGAAAUGCCCAACGCAAUUGGGUCACCCCCUGAUGAAGAUAUUUUCAUCACGAUCGUCCGUGGUCUAGGGCGGGCACGUAUGGUUAAGCGGGUAAUCAAAGUGGUUGACUUGGUUACCCAGUUUGGAAAGAAACCUUCUAUGAGGAUUUUCAAUUCAGUACUUGAUGUUCUUGUUAAGGAAGAUAUUGAUUUGGCUCGAGAGUUUUAUAGGAAGAAGAUGAUGGGGAGCGGUGUUGAAGGUGAUGGAUACACUUUUGGGAUCUUAAUGAAGGGUCUUUGCUUGACUAAUAGGAUUGGUGAUGGUUUCAAACUGUUGCAAGUGAUGAAGUCUAGGGAAAUCAUACCAAAUACUGUGAUUUAUAACACAUUACUUCAUGCACUUUGCAGGAAUGGUAAAGUUGGGAGAGCAAGGAGCUUGAUGAAUGAGAUGGAGGAGCCUAAUGAUGUGACUUUUAAUAUCUUAAUAUCUGCGUAUUGUAAAGAAGAGAAUUUGGUUCAAGCUCUUGUUCUCUUGGAGAAGUGCUUCAAUCUGUGGUUUGUGCCUGAUGUUGUAACAGGGACUAAGGUGCUGGAAGUUCUCUGCAAUGUUGGUCGUGUUACUGAGGCUGUUGACAUUUUGAACAGAUUGGAGAGUAAGGGAAGUGUGGUGGAUGUUGUGGCUUAUAACACUUUGAUAAAGGGUUUUUGUAGAUUAGGGAAAGUGAAAGUUGGGCAUUGCCUUUUGAAGGAGAUGGAGAGGAAGGGCUGCCUUCCAAAUGUGGACACAUACAAUAUAUUGAUCUCUGGUUGUUGUGAGUCUGAAAUGUUGGAUUUGGCUCUUGAUCUGUUUAAUGAGAUGAAAACAGAUGGAAUUAAUUGGAAUUUUGUUACAUAUGAUACAUUAAUUAAAGGUUUGUGUUCAGGAGGGAGGAUGGAAGAUGGAUUUAAGAUUUUGGAAAUAAUGGAGGACAGUAAGGAGGGAUCUAGGGGUCGUUUAAGCCCUUACGAUAGUGUGUUAUAUGGUCUGUAUAAGGAGAAUCUGUUAGAUGAAGCACUCACAUUUCUGACCCAGAUGGGGAAGUUAUUCCCUAGAGCAGUUGAUAGGAGCUUGAGAAUUUUAAGUCUUUGUGAAGAGGGUGCUAUUGAGGAUGCAAAGAAGGUUUUUGGUCAGAUACUUGUAGAAGGGGGAGUUCCAAAUGUUCUUGUUUAUGACCAUUUAAUCCAUAGAUUUUGUGAAGGAGGGUAUAUACGUGAAGCAUUUGAGCUGAUGAAUGAGAUGGUUGGUCGUGGUUAUUAUCCACUUGCACCAACAUUCAAUGCUCUGAUUAGUGGGUUCUGCAGUCAAGGAAAGGUCAGUAGUGCUUUGAAGCUCAUUGACGACAUGGUUGUGAGGGGUUGCAAACUUGAUAUAGGAAGUUAUAAUCCCUUGGUUGAUGCACUUUGUAGGAAGGGGGAUUUUCAAAAGGCUUAUGGGCUCUUUUUACAAAUGUUAGAAAAGGAUAUUACUCCUGAUUUAUCAUCAUGGAACUCAUUGCUUCUUAGUUGGUGUCAAGAAACAUCAGGGUUAGCAAGACAGAACAUGUUCCAAGUGAAUCACCAUCACUCUGAAGCAUAUGAUACUGGUUGGCACUUGGCAGUGGAAAUAAAAGAUAGAGUGGUUUUCCAACAAUUGCACAUCAUCUGCUACCAAUUCUUAUCUUCAGGUUGGAGAACUAACUUGGCCCAAUUCAUCUCUUCAAAUUUGAUUGGCCAAGCCGCCAAGGUGAGAGAACCCUGAUAAUUGGACACUUUAUAAGCAAGCGCUCCAACUGUAUAUAAAGACCUAUUUAGUGAAAAUUAAUGUAAGUCAAGGCCUUCAUUCAGCAAAAUGAAAAAAAAAAAAAAAUCAAUGUAAAAUUUUUUAUGGGUUAUGAUUUAUAGAAAGAUUGGACUUCUUGUUCUGGUUUACGCUUUACGCAUAUUCUGAAAUGCAUAUUCUGUUUUCUGUUAUAGUGUUAUCGUCUAGUGUUGCUUGAAUAUUGCAUAUAUUGUAUAUGCAAUUACUGCAAAAAUAGUUUGGAUAUCUUUAUUUUGGAUCACUAAGUAUGGCAGUUUG